AUGGCCGGCUUCGAUGACCUGAUUGAGCGACUACUCCAUGAGGUGGCGCUCACCGGCACACAAGGUCUAUCUGCUUCACAAUUUGCGACAAUUGUGCAAAAGUAUUACGAUGAGAAGAAUCCGCACGUGACCGAAUCCACCGACAGCAACGAGGACGAUGAUGAUCUGCUCUUCUCCACCAAACCACCCGUCCAGAAGACGACUGUCGAUGACUCGCUCUUCGAGACUGUCCUGACAUGGCUAUGCAAGCACCCUGAAGUAGACAUCGUACAGGUGAAGAAGUCCAAUGCAGAUCAUUCGAGCCAGGCCACGCCAAGCUCUUCACCAUUCCGACAGAAGCUGGACGGCAAGCGCAUCUUUGUGUCCGAAGAACGAGUCUGGCUGACACUCACCGGCCAUGGCAUCGACCACAAGCGCAUCCCGCCUUUGGAGUUCGUCCUCCUCUCCGUGGUGGCGGCUGCCGGACCUCGAGGCAUUCUUCAGCCAUACGCCGGCAAGCUGACAGAUCAGGACAAGCGAUCAGUGCCAAAGCGGACAGAUAUGCUAGCUGAGAAGGGCUACAUCGUGAAACAGCAUGUCCUAGGUACCGGUGCGAAGACGACUGUGCUGAAGCUGAAGAGAUGGACCACUGGCGAGCAACCCUUGCGAUCGAUCGACCAUCCCAUGACAGACCCCGAGAAGGGCGGCAAUCCAGUCAUCUUUUACGAUGCUUGGUACAACACCACCAUCCGCGCACUCAAGGAGAACCGAGGCAUGAUCGCCAUGAAAGACCUUCGACUCCAGCUUGGUACUAGUGGUAGGAGAUGGGAGACGAAGGUCUUGAUGCGAUGUGUGAAGCGGAUUACCGAGUCUGGUCUCAUUCGCCGCAUGACUGCUCGGUAUCAUGACAAGUAUGGCAAUCCCAUCAGGAUCGCUGGAACCAAGCGCGAAUGUGUUGCACAUGCUAUUCAACUACUCCGGGAACCAACGGACCAGGAUCGUGUCACAUGGAGGUCGAGCGAACCAGGCCAGAAGAUCAAUAUGGAAGACUCUGAUGGCGACGAAGAUGACAGUGGCAUGGAAGAUGCCGCUGGCGAGAUCGAUCACGAGGCAGAGCAAGGCACUUUCGUGGCAGAUGUCAACGGUGUCGCUGGUAAUACCACUUCCAACGUACCACCUCACCAAAGCAUCGCAGCCGACGAUGAAGGACAGGUGACCAUUGAAGAUGAAGCUGAUGCACUCGAAAGAAGCGACACUCGCAUACAGCCGCAAUGGACCCCGGACCUGCCUCUGGUCAACGUCUUCCACCGCCUCAUUGGUGAGGCCGGGCAAACAGGCAUCAGUGCCAUGGAUCUUGGGACUCGCGUCUCUGGACCAAGCUGGAGAAGACCCAUCGAUCAGAGUAUGCUUCUACUCACUGACGUGGGCCAGUAUUCGCAGCCAGCUCAUUUGAAGCAUCUCGCGGUCAUCCGAGAUACUGCUGUGCGUGAAAAGUUCUCACAUUAUCGGUACCGUACCAGACCCAACUUCGACAAGGCUGUUGCAGCUGGCGAAGCUAUCGAGCCAAAGGCUGUAACAGGUAAAGGAAAGCAGAAAGCAGAUGAUGUCUCACCCGCUUUGGAUGAGUGGGGCUUUCCAAGGGUUCUUCUAAAGGAUCUGGUGAGCCGGGAUGGGCGUGGAACGCUGCUGGAAGGUCGAAGAGGAAUCCAGUUCGAGGUUGAGGCCAUCAGUGAUCACGAAGAUGAAGCAGAUGAGGUCACAGGCGGUACUCCAAAGAGGAAGGCUCCUGUGGCGGCAAAGCGGAAACCGACCACGGGUAGAACGACAUCAUCGCCUGCUAGCUUACCUGAGUCGCAGCCUGAUGGAUCUCUCCCGGCUAUGGUCAGUGGCGCUGGGGUGACACCUGAUCUUCAUGCUCAACCUGCUAAAGCGCUACCAUUGGACAGCACUCCAAAACCUGCACGAACGCCGAAGCCUACCUUCAAAGCAAAGCUCAUGGCGCCUCCCAAAACAAGGGACCAGAAGCGCGGUCCAUAUCAGCGACGGCAGCUUGACAAGAGAGCAGCCAUACCUGUGCUCAAGCAACGUGAGGUUCCGCAGUCCGAGUACGAUGAAUUCGACGACAUCGCAGAGAAGAUGGCCGAGAGACAGGUCCUCGUUGAGAUGAGAGCAAGCAGAAAGCGCUCUGCUGAGGAAGUCGACUCCAGCAACACAGCGGAGACCCCAAGGAAAGCUGCACAAAUGUCCGAUGCGUCACCAGGCACUGACGAACGAGCCAUCACUCUCGCAGACCUACCCGCCGACCGUAUGGCGGAGGUCAAAGAGGAGAUCCUGGCUCGCGAGAAGCCCGGUGUCUACAUCAAUCCACCCGGCGCCCGCACGACCAAGAUCGAGUACUACAUUCAGCUUGGACGACCACGCAGAGCGCUGAUUGCGGUCUUCAAGACUGACAAAUUGAAACAGUUUGACUGGUUUCAUUAUGAGGAACGGCCUCGCUUUGCGCCCAAAGCCAGCCAGAGGAGAACAUACUUCAUCGGCCAAUUUCAAAAGAAGAAGAAGAAGAGGCCCUACCGACAAGGCGACUCUGAGGAGGAGGCUGAUGAUGAUGACGAGGAAGACGAGGAAGAUGAGGAAGAUGAGGCUGAGGAGGAAGACGAAGAGGAAGAAGAACCGGUGCAAACGCCAUCAAUGGACAGAGAUGCUUCGCGGCCCAAGUGGUCACAAGCGAGUCUCGCAGUCGAUCAUGGAAUUCCUUCCGAGUCUCGAGCCAUGCCGCCGCCGAACCCACUACAAACUUCUGCGAGCGAGGUGAUCACUCCUGCGACACCCUCUGAUGAGCCACCUGCGAAGCGCCGACAACUUCGCCCUCCUCGAUCCGUUGGCCGCACGCCAUCUCAGUCUCCACAGCAGAAGCCGAAUCCUCCAGCCCAAGUUCCGGCGUUCUCCGUCUUCUCGGCUAAACAAGGCUCUUCUAUGCAAUCUCGAGCCAGCUCAUCACCACGAUUAGCAGCCAAUGCUGCAAACAGCAUCUCACAUCAGGACCCGCGAGUGUCGCGCAUAGUUGACUCGUAUGAGCAGCGUCAACAAGCGGCUGCCCGAGGAUUGGCAGCAGCCAUGGCAUCCAAUAUGACUCCCUCUGAGGCACCGCAACCUAGUACGAGCACAUUUGGUCUCGAUGGUCAGCAGGAUGAGAACAUCUCUCGAGCAUCAGACCGCGAAGUCCAACUCAAGCGAGUGACAUCUACUCCAAUCCCACUACAAGACUUGGUAUCUGAUGACGAGUUCGAGACUGUAGCGUCAAUGAACGGAUGGAGGCCACAAGAUCUGGAGCCACCAUCAGAUGCCGAAUCUGAUGUGGACUCUGAUGCAACUGACGAGUGGGUACCACCUGUCUCUCAGAAGUCGGUGGAUCGUCAACAGCGUCCUGUCCGAUCAGCAAGAGCAGACCCGGUGGCUCAGUCAGCGAUGAGUCGAUCAGACGAAGUAGCUCCAGCGGACGAGUUGCCUCCCGUCUCUGCGCCUGACGCCCCAGCUUCGAAUCUUCCUGCGAGUACCGACACCGUUGUGCCCGGUGCUCUACCUACCCUGGUGCAGAUACCAGAAGCGCAAGAACAGCCUGCUCAGCCAACAACUGGAAAUGACGGCGCUACGAUGCCGACUGCUGCGAUUGAAGAUGCGCCAGUGCAACCAGCUGCACCAAUCCCUCUAGCCACGCCAUACGGCGAUGCCCUGACUCCUGCACAAGAGCUGAAGUUACUUAUGGCAAAGCCAGGCCGCAAGCCAAAGGAAGUUCAGGCGCGCAUGGCCGAGCUCAAUCGCCAGAUUGAUCUGGAGAAUGCUAACACCCCUCCAGCUUCAGUACUGGCACCACCUGCUCCCAAGCAGCCCGCUCCCCCACGGACCUACCACACCUCUAGCGUGGAGACUUUCAACAAGCGCUAUGUGGAAGCGCAUCCAGAUGAAGAGUUUCACCAUCGUGGCGGGGGUCGUUGGGCUAGAGGUCCUCGCGACUUCCAGAUUGGCAAGGAGCCUAUUCCGAGCACUUUACGCCAGAAGGUUGCUCCAGCGGUGUUGGUCGACGAGUCAACAACUGUCAAUAAUGCUACGCCCGACAAGCAAGUCCCUCCAGAACCAGCUGUCGUCGCACCCUCUCCCGCACUCCAUUCAACAGGCAAUGCACCAAGCGCCGACUACGAUCACUCCAAGCACGUGGCAGCAGUCGUCACUCAAACCUAUAGCUCCGACUAUGUUGAUCAGCAUCCUGACGAGAACUUCUACCACCGAGGCCAAGGCAGGUGGGGUCGUGGUCUACCGCCACCUGGCUAUGCUGGUAAGACCGGGGUUCGUGGACCUGGUGCACAGCAGUGGAAGAUGAGCGUUCUUGGAUAUGGCGUCACUGUACGAUCUAAGAUUCCAUCAACGCCCGCUAUGACAACCCGAAGCAGUCUGCCAGGAAAUCCGAAACCUCAAGAGACAACGAUUGUGAAGCUGCCACUUCCGCAUCGUUCUACUGGAGCUGCUCAGUCGCCGGGCAUGGCACCGCCGAGCACACCAGUAUCUAACAGUGUGCUGUCAAAGAGCACAACACCGUCCUCGCUCAACAUUGUCAAACCUUACUCGGCGGCCAGCAGCCUGCAGAUCGUGAGGCCGUACAGUGGCUAUGUCAAUCCGGCAGCUUCUUCUGUACCUACCAGCGUCAACGGCACGCAAGUAACCGACCCGAAGCAGAUUGGUCUGACUACACCGGCAGCACCUGCGACCACCACGCCAACAUCCACUCCAUUGCAUCAAAGAGCGACUAUCAAGAGCAAGUACAAAGACUAUCCCGAGGGCACUCCCGAUGACGAGAUCUUCAGUGGCGACCCCGACCUCAUCGCCAUGGACAACUUGUUCCGUUUGGUCCAACGAUAUACCCUGACGGAGAUAGUGGAGAAAAUCAACGCAGGGCGUCCUGAGCCUGUUGCGAACCAACCCAACCUGUCUAACCGCCUUUCUAGAGCGAUCUCAGAUAUUGCUCUCCGGCACAGCAAGCCCAGAGAAGAAGUGGUGAAUGAUCUGAGAGAAGCUCAGCAGGCCAAUGGUGUGCCGAAGAAUGGGAGACGGCGUACGACUGAGACGAUGUUGAAGAAGGUCUUGACGCAUCCGAGAUGUCGGCCGAGUUCGAUGGCGACUUCUGCCAGUGCUUCUGCAGAGGAAGCUGGUUUGCCGUCUGCGACAGAUCUUCAGCAGUCAAGUGCAUCAGAGGUUGCCACAGAUGUGCCAGAACCUCAGCCGCAGACACCUUCCUUGAAGCGCAAGCGUGCUGCGUCCAAGCAUUCAGAAAGCGCACCAGACGUCUUUGGCACUACUACGUCUUCCGCUUCUGACGGUGUUAACGAUAUUGGCAUGAAUGAUGGUGUUGACAUGACAGACUGUGGACUGUCAACUGGGCCGGUGGCUGCGCUCUCUGGUCAUGAUAUUGAGAUGACGGACGUCCCAGUCGGUAUCGAUGUCGAGGCAGCCGCGGGCCAUGACGCCAGUCCUGCGCAGGAUCUCCCCACCGACCAAGAGCCGGAUUCAUUUGACCCGUCAGUCAGCCUCAUGGAAGACUCCUCAAAGCCCAAACCAAGACCUGCCACCAAGAGAGGCAGCGGCAGCAUCAAAGCUGAACGCCGCAAGAUCAUCCUUGACGCAGUCCGUUCAUGCAAUGGCGUCUUUCCUGGAGAUGGCCAGCCUUGGUACGUCAGUGCAACAGUUUGGAAGCGAGUUCAUGGUCAAGAGCCUGAUCGACGCACGAUUGACGCUUUCGUGCAAGACUUGAUCGUCGAAAAGAAGUUGAAGAGAAUGGUGCUCAAGUUCGUCAAGAAUGGUGAGGACAUUGUACGACACAUCCUCACUGAGCCUGGUAUCGACAGGUCUUCUCCGCUUGUCAAGGACUUGCAGAAGAAGAUGAUCGAUGCGCAUCCGUUCGUGUAUCUUCCUCCAGAAGCUGAUAUCAGCGAGGAGCGAAGGGCGAAAGCGGCGAGGCGCUACUGGCAGGGCGACGGAGGUGGUCACACACGCUCUGGGGGCACGGGUACCGGUCGUCAGCCAAUGGUGUCUUUCGCGGUGCAGCAAACUAAAGAGGCGGCGGAAGCUGAAGAUCGUGAAGCAAAGGAACAAGGCUUCAAUGAUGCGCUUUCGUAUCGUCAACAUCGUGACGCUCUGGCGUACGAACGUAAAGCGAAGGCUCUCGCUCCCCCAGUACAGAGGAAGCGACGAAAGUCUUCGACUUCGCAAGCUCGGCGAAAUGCUGAGGAUGUCACCAUGAUCACCGGCGAAGAAGCUGAUGCCGAUGCCGAUGCUGAGUGGGAGGUUGAUGAUCAGGACGAUCCUGCAGGGCAAGGUGCGCCAGAGGCAGAUCAGACAGACCUGGACUACGCCGCACUGGAGCUGGCCGAGUCAAGGAUACCUAGCUCGCCUUUGGUGCCUAAAGACCUUGUCAAGAAGCCCAAGGCGAAGCCAAAGGUAGCACGCAACUCUACGCUCAAGUCUGCUGUUCGGAAGCCUUUGAAGUCUCUGCGUCCUUCGGGACUGGGUAAGAAGACUCGCCGACCUCGUGAUGUCGAGGGAAGCAUGACUCUGGACGAUGUAGCUCGUCAUCAUCGACGCGCUGCUGCAUUGCUUCAGCACCCGGAACAGACGUUCAGUGCGCUUACGGGGACUUUCAGCACUGCCGCAAUUGUGGUCGACGAACAGAUGCCCGAAACACGACGACUACGCCCACGACCUGUGGCUGAGACGCCAACAACCGAGCCGGUGCCUGAGCUCGUGCCUCGAGAGGACCCCGUUCUGGACGAAGGCAGACUGAUCGCGGAGUUCAGUGUGCUCGAGCAAGACGAUGGCCGAGCUAAGCACAAUGGUGUUUGCAACCUCAGGGACGUUCUGAGACAUGCCCAGACCAUUCCAGGUGUUGCCUUGCUUGGCGAAAGCGGCACCAAGACCGAUCAGUUCUUCGACGAGGUUGAUCGUGUCUGGUAUUGGGAGAUGCAGCAGCUCGAGCAAGUGAAUGUCACUCCCAUCAAGAGUGGAUCAUUCAUCAAUCACACCUUGAACAAGGGACACACUCGUGUGACUUACCAACCUCUGCAAUCUCGCAAAGCCAUGGCAGUUAUGGACACUGUAUCGGCGCCCACGGCUCUUGUUAGGCUCAAGGUCCCUGGUUUGGCGUCGCUCGGUCUUCCGCCUGGUGAGUCUGGUGUUCUUGGACUUGGCCCAAGUCAGACUCUCGAAUACUCCAAGAUCACGGGCAAGCCCAAGCGCAAAUAUACGUCGCGCAAGCGCAAGCAUCGGGAUGUGGAAGAAGAUGAUCGAGACUCAGAUCCUGAGUUCAUGCCGGGAGUCGAGAGAGAUACACCGCCGCCCGCAACACGAACUCGGGGAAAGAAAGCUGACAUUGGUCUUGCGCCGCAGCGUGACCGCAAGAGCUCGAAGGACUUCAAAGACGGCAAUCGCCUCGUCAUUGCGUUUGCACUCGCGGCUGCUGUGAGUGGCGGCAUCAACCAGGAUCGGCCCAAUUGGAACAUCAUUGCGCAUGCACUGAGCUACCGCUACGACGGCGAGUUUCUACGUCGCCGCUGGGGUCAUCUUCGAAGAUUCCGCAAGGGUGAUGCCGACCGCUUUCGCGACGCACUCCUUGAGCCUUUCCUUGAGGCGUACGAGAAAGAUGAGCUUCCGGCGAUCGACUUCCAGAACCUUACCGCUACGGACUGGCCAAGACUGUUUGAAUGGGCUGAGGUCACUCUUGCGCCGCUUCAGACAGCACCACCGAAGGAUGAGGCGCCAGAGGCUCCGUUCCUGCUCGAAUCAAGGGAUGCGACCAAUGAGAACUUCUUCAUCGAAGAGCCAGCGCAGGUGUUCAAGCUGAACGCAGACGACUACUUCACGACCAACACCGAUCUUGGCCGCAGACACUUGGCUUUACGAUACACCUAUGGCAUACCACUAGAUAUGGAGAUGGAGUCUACCGAGGGCAAGAAGGAUGACACCAUUCUGUUGCAAUCCUGGGUCCGAGCAGUCGCACUCACAAAGCAAGCAAACUACAACUCUGUGGCCGCAGGCAGCAAGCUCAAGCAAGUCGCCAGCGGCAAGGUCCUCGCACAGAUCACCAACACCAUGGUCGACUCUAAGAUUCUGAUCCAAGAAAAGAAAGGUCGCCACCUCCCAGGUCGCAACUUCCAUAUCCACGAUGAGGUCCUCCGACAGUUCCGACGAUGGCCGGCCAAGCCGGAGCUCCCCGAGCAUAACUUUCUCCGUGCGGUCGCUCAUUCGUGGCGCAACAUCAACAAUGCCCUCCAGAACAACCAAGGUAUCGAGCUAUUGCCUCAUGCCAUUGACCCUGAGUAUCUCGUCCUCGCCAACAUGACGGCCCAAGGUCUCAUCGAGAUGGAUAUGGAUCUGCCGGAAGUGAAGUGGGACUUCGAUGCGUCUGGACCAAAGCUUUCUCCUUGGGGCUACGGCGGUGCCAACUACGAGACGAAACGUGUGCAAGUCACGAACCUGAGGUUUCCCAUCAAGUACAAGCGCACUGCUGCUUACUCUUUUGAUCAUGGCCUUAUGGUGGGCGUGCCAGUCCCACUUGCGCCAGCGCCCGUUCCCGGCGAAUCUGGAACCCGCAUCCCGCUCUGGGUUGACAUUCAUGGCAACCUGGUUGACGAUGUGUGGGAUAUGGUGCUACGUAGCGUGCUACAUCUGAUUGUCUUCAGACCUGGUACGACCGCUAGUUCCAUCCAGAGAUCUCACGGUGACAAGCUCUGGGCAUGGGAGAUCGAAAUGGUGCUCCAGUGGAUGGAAGACGUGGGGAUUGCAGAGAUAUGGGACGUUGGGAAAGAAGAAGACGGGAUUUGGAAGGGUGGAUAUCGCGCUGCUGCUUGGUGGUAUUGUGCUUUCUUGCCGGAGAUUGCGGUUUGGCGGGCGCCGAUGGAGGCGGAAGGUGGGAAUGUUUAG